GAGGCCACCGCACUGCUGCAGCAGCUGCGGACGCGGAGUUCCCAAGCUCGGAGGGCCAAGGGCGUCAGCAGGGCGGCCGCGUUCAAGGGCGGCGGCUGGUUCGCCUUUUCCAUGCAUGCCGCCCUGGUCUCUGGGCUCCUGGCCGCCUUCCCGGGCGGGGCGCCGGGGCAGCUCGAGGAGCUCUUCAGGGAGUACGGGCUUCUCUCGAGCAACAGCGGCGGCUCGUGGUACGCCGCCAGCCUGGUGUACUCGGAGUGGUUCGUGGAGCUCACGGGACAGCUGGCCGCGGAGCCCCAGGAGGCAGAGGCCACCUUCAAGGACAAGUGGAUCGCGGGACUCCUCCAGGUGACGGACCUGGGGAAUCGGACCGAGGACCCCUCGUGCGACGUCGAGAAGGUCAUCCAGCACUACCUCAAUCAGAAUGAGACGCGCCGGCGUGGCCUGUCGGACCGGCAACAGCAGAACCUGCAGGCGCUUUUGCCUGCCCUCUGGGAGGGCAGGCUGACGUGGGACAUAUUCGUUACGACCAUGUCGGGGGCGUUCAGGAGGGGAGCCUGA